AUGUCUUCAAAGGACGAACGCAAUGGCUCCAAGGUGGCAUCGUCACCAUCAAGCUCAGACCCUCACCCUUCUGCCGAGUCAGAGCUAGCCAAGGCCCUCCAAGAACUCUCUAGGGGCGAGCAGGCAGCUUCGUCAAUCGAAGAGGACCUGUCAAAGCUCGAGGCAAAGCUGGACGCUAUGCUGGCCGCUUUGGAGCCACAAUUGGCCACGCCAUCAGAAGAAGCUGAUAAGGACAGCUCGCGUGAGGAGCCGAAAGAGCCACAAGCCAAAUGA